CUAUUAACCUCUAAGGAUUAAAGUUUUUAUUCUGGGGGGUUGGCUUCAUCGAAAGGGCUUUGUUCAGCACCUGUCACAGUGAGUGGGCUGGACAUCUGCUCCUAACUGGCUUUCCUUGCCCUGGUCCUGGGAUACUAGGGGAUUUCUGGAGGGCCCAGGGAGUUCCCUUCCACCCCCUCCAUUCACCCUGGAGCGAGGGAGUGGGCCCUUGAUAUGUGAAGAAGAUGGAAUUUCCUGCCCAUUUGCCCCUCACACCUUCUGGAGGCCAAACGGGUAGCCCAGCUGCAGCUCUAAGGGGGAGGGGCGCCGCCGCUUGGCAGAUGGCGGCAUUUACAUACAGCUGGGAGACCCCCUCAGAGACUGGAGCUCCUUGCCUUGGCGUCUGGUGCAUCCGUGACUCGGGUUUGGGAGUAUGGCUUUGUCUUGGGGAGGGGAAACACAUUCACGGGUCCACAAAGAACCCGAAUUUUCAUUGUAUUCACACGUGGCUACAUUCAUGGACCUGCCACGCUCAGUCGUUCACAACGUUGCACAGACCUUCCCCUCACCCCCUCCACAUGUCCACCUAAGAGCCACUUGUACAGACCACGAGUCACAGGUUCAUAACUACACCCAGUGGUCCAGCAUCUCCCAUAUCCUUUUAUACAUGAGCAGAGAAGCAGCCACACAGCCAACCAAUCACGUAGUCACGUAAACAUGAAGUCACAUACACUUCCAUUCUCUUAGGUAGGUACGGGUGGACGUGUGGUACACAAACAAUCUUGGAAUUAUUUAUAGCCUCACAAACAGACUUAACCAUGUACAAUUUGAGACAUAGAUGGGGUCAUAUAUAAUCUUACCUAGACACUAUUAAAGUCAUGAAUACUCUCCAAUUGCUCCUGUUCAUGCCCCCCCCCCCGAAUCUUAUAUACAACCCCCAACCCUACCCCAUCCUUAGCCACACACAGUCGUGUGUACAACCACACACAAGAUCAUACACGCUCACUACAUUGCCUGUACCCACGACCCAAGCACAGUUACUUCAACACGCUCCCCUUUCCCUCAACCUCCUCCCCUAGGGUUCCCUCGAGCCCCGCGGCUGUUUGAAGGGGCGGAGCCGCCCUCUUAGAUAAAAGGCUCCGGAGCCAGCAGCAGCGGCUCCUCAGAUCUCCUAAAGGAAGGCCAUGGUCUGCCGGUGGGUUCCCCAACUGCUGUCCUGGACGGUGAUCCUGGCGCUUUUUUUCCUUCCCCAGGCACGGCUGGCCGGUGUUUUUGAGCUUCAGAUCCACUCUUUCGGGCCAGGACCAGACCCAGGGGCCCCCAGGUCUCCCUGCAGCACCAGGUCCCCCUGUCGCCUCUUCUUCAGGGUCUGCCUGAAACCAGGGGUCUCUGAGGAAGCCGCGGAAUCUCCGUGCGCCCUGGGCGCCGCGCUGAGUGCGCGUGGACCAGUCUACAUGGAGCAGUCCCGGGCUCCAGCGCCUGACCUGCCGCUGCCCGAUGGCCUCAUGCGCGUACCCUUCCGGGAAGCCUGGCCGGGCACCUUCUCCCUCAUCAUCGAAGCCUGGAGAGAGCAGUUAGGGGAGCAGAUUGGAGGGCCGGCCUGGCGCCUGCUGGCGCGCGUGGCGGGCCGGCGCCGCCUGGCGGCCGGGAGCCCAUGGGCUCGGGACGUGCAGCGCGCAGGCGCCUGGGAGCUGCGCUUCUCUUACCGAGCGCGCUGCGAGCCGCCGGCCGUCGGGGCCACUUGUGCGCGCCUCUGCGGCUCCCGCAGCGCCUCCUCGCAGUGCGGCCCAGGACUGCGCCCCUGCACGCCGGUGGAGAAUGAGUGCGAGGCACAGCCGGCCUGUCGAGCUGGUUGCAGUCCAGAGCACGGCUUCUGUGAGCAGCCUGAUGAAUGUCGAUGCCUGGAGGGCUGGACUGGGCCCCUCUGCACAGUACCGGUCUCCACCAGCACAUGUCUGAGCUCCAGGGGCCCAUCCUCUGCUGCCGCUGGGUGCCUUGUACCUGGUCCUGGGCCCUGUGAUGGGAAUCCAUGUGCCAACGGGGGCAGCUGUAGUGAGACACUCGGGUCCUUCGAAUGUGCCUGUCCCCGUGGGUUUUACGGGUUGCAGUGUGAGGUGAGCGGGGUGACAUGUGCGGAUGGACCUUGUUUCAAUGGCGGCUUGUGUGUGGGAGGUGCAGACCCCAACUCUGCUUACGUCUGCCACUGCCCGCCCGGGUUCCAAGGCUCCAACUGUGAGAAGAGGGUGGACCGGUGCAGCCUGCAACCAUGCCAGAAUGGUGGGCUCUGCCUGGACCUAGGCCACGCCCUGCGCUGCAGCUGCCGCGCCGGCUUCGCAGGGCCACGCUGCGAGCACGACUUGGACGACUGCGCGGGCCGUGCCUGCGCCAACGGUGGCACAUGCCUGGAGGGCGCUGGCUCCCGCCGCUGCUCCUGUGCGCUGGGCUUCGGUGGCCGUGACUGCCGCGAACGCGCUGAUCCUUGUGCCACUCGGCCCUGCGCCCACGGGGGCCGCUGCUACGCCCACUUCUCUGGCCUUGUAUGUGCCUGCGCUCCUGGCUAUAUGGGCGCGCGCUGCGAAUUUUCGGUUCACUCCGACGACAACGAUGACGACAGCGCAGGUGCAUUGCCCGCAGCCCCACCCGGCCUGCGGCAGAGUGACCCACAGCGCUUCCUUUUGCCGCCAGCUUUGGGGCUGCUGGUGGCUGCAGGCUUGGCCGCCACUGCGCUUUUGCUGGUUCAUGUGCGACGCGGUGGCUCUGGCCGACAUGCUGGGUCUCGCCUGCUACCGGGGACUCCGGAGCCAUUUGUCCAUGCACUCCCGGAUGCCCUCAACAACAGGAGGACGCAGGAGAGUUCCGGGGAUGGUCUGAGCCCAUCUGUAGAUUGGAACCACCCCGAAGAUGGAGACUCGCCUGAGAUUUAUGUCAUAUCUGCUCCUUCAGUCUGUGCUCAGGAGGCCUGAUCUGUUCCUUUUCCGUCAGCACCUGGAGACAGAGCCUGAAUGUUUUUGUGUUUACUUGACGGCGCCCAACCAAUCUUUGCCUCAGGCACUUUGGAGUUCAAGCUGGAAGGGGUGGCUGGGAGAAUUUUACCGCUGGAAGUACAUAAUGAUUAUUUAUGUCGUUUCUUUUUCUUCCCAUGUUCAGAGACAUCUAUAAAGACUCUUAUUUUGAUCA